AAAGAAAUUGCAUUUCUUCAACGUACAUUGUACAGCGCUCUACGACCGGUAGGCAGUUACUGACUACUAAAAUAGACUGAUAGAUGGCGCUGUCUGUAACGGCGACACACCGAUAUAAAAGCAGAUGACUUCGGCCACGCUUGUGCAUAUGGUUGCAAAGUAAAUAAGUAAAAAAAGUUAUUAUAAGAAGGAAUUGAGAGUAAUAGACUUUAAAUGUCGUUUCUUUGUUUUCAGAGCAACGUCAUCGUUUUUUUUCAAUUCCUGGUACAACAAUAGAACUAGUCUUAUAAAACGACAUUUCUAGUUACUUAUAAUCGAGAAACAUGGAUAAACUACGAUUUAAGUUCGUGGUAUUGGGGUCAACGGACGGGAAAACAAACGUGAUAUGCAUAACCUCAAUUGAGACGCCCGACGGGUGCGUUUUUGAGAUCCCGGACGAGUUGAAGCCUGCAAGUAAACACACUGCUAUAUUGUCAUCAGACGUGUUUACUAAAAUAAAAAAUUCUCUAAAAAAAAGGCACCAAACACGUUCUGUAUGGAUCCCCCUAACGUCGGAUCUGAAGAAAAUAUACCUAGAUGAAGGAGAAAAUGUACAGUUUGGAGACCAGUAUUUAGACGAGAUAACAGAAAAGACGAUGCCGUCACAGGAUAACGAUAAUAGCAACACCCCUGAGAAAAAGAAUAUAGGGAAAACGGCGGAAAAGUUUUUGAUAGAAAAGUUUUCAAAUAAAACAUCAAGGGCUGACCAGUGGAUUAGUGAAUUCGAAAAUGAGUGUGAAAGAUUCGAGAUUGUAAAGGACCAAGACAAAAUUGGAAUUUUGAAACAUCUUCUAGAAAAACAGUGCAUAGAUUGGUAUAGUAGUAUGUUGAUAAAAUUGACGGUGAACUCAGAGUGGGCAGUAUGGAAGAACAACUUUUGUGAGACAUAUGGAAAUAAAGGUUGGUCUCAAGUCAAAUAUGCCUUUACAUUUAGAUUUCAAGCGGGAUCAUUACUGGAAUAUGCCACAAAAAAGGAAAGACUGUUAUUAGAAGUUAACAAAAACAUUGAUACCCACACAAUGAUAAAUCUUAUUGUAAUAGGAUUGCCAGAUUAUAUUAUGAAUAAAAUUGAUAAAGAAAAUGUGGAAUCAACUUCAAGCCUGUACAAUGAAAUUGGAAAAUAUGAACACAUGGCAAACAAGAAGAGUUUCAUUAAGAAGAGAAAUUCCUAUGAGUUAAAAGGAAAACCGGAUAAAAUUAAGCCAUGUAAAACCUGUGAGAAUUUAAAUAAAGGCAGCCGGUUCCACCCUGAAGAGAAAUGCUGGUUCAAACAGACGGAAGAUAAUAAUAAUAAGAGAAACUAUAAUAAAGCCAUCAACAAUUCAGUGAUUGAUGUUGAACUCAAUAAUGACAAAAAAAACUAAUAACAACACCAUUAAUUAAAGUCAAACUAUUAUUAAAUUCAGAAUUAGAAACUUUUGGAAUAUAUGAUUCAGGCUCAAAUGUUUCUAUAAUACAUUCUAAAUUAAUAAGACAAAAAGGAAAAGAUAAUUCUAGAUGCGAUAAUCUAACCACAAUUAAUGGUGUUAAAAAGGCCAACGGUUUGACAACUAUUAAAAUAAAAAUUUUUGAUAUCGAGGAAGACGCUGAUGUUUAUAUAAUUGAUGGAAAAGAGUUUAAAUAUGACUUUCUAAUCGGACUAGAUAUUAUAAAACAAUUCAGACUGGUUCAAGAUGAGCAUUUGAAGAUCACUCAGAAAAGGAAAGAAAUUAUUGAAGAAAAAAUAAAUCCCAUAAAUGAGGAUACAAAUAAAAACAAUACUUCUAAGGAGGUGAAAGAUGAAACAAAUAAUUCUUUAAUAAACUUUAAUGAACACAUAAAAGAGGAAGAUUUCCAGAUGAGUAUGGGUAACUUAAACAUUCAACAAAAAACAGAAAUAUACAAGCUAAUAGACACUUACAAAGCAAUUUUUGCAAAAGACAAGUAUGACAUAGGAACUGUCAAAGAAUAUGAAGCACGUAUUGACCUACUCAUGGACAAAUACUGUAGUAAAAGGCCUUACAGAUGUUCAAUUGAAGACA